UUUAAACUGAGGAAGACAUUUCACACUGACUCAUAAAUACUCAUCUCUGUAAAGUAAGACAUAUUUCUUUUACGUUUCGCCGCGUUCCAGAAAGAACAGAUUACAACCUAUCGAAAAGAUGGAGCAGACCUGUGAAGAAAUAGAUGAAAUGUUUAGUAACCUGCUGGGGGAAAUGGACUUGUUAACACAGAGCCUGGGCAUAGAUAAUAACCCAUCUUUUCAAGCCACCAGCACAGAAACAGAGAUUAACUUUUCGUUUGGAUUCAAAGACUUAAAUGAGUCACUUAAUGCCCUUGAAGACAACGAUCUGGACGCUCUAAUGGCUGACCUCGUGGCUAACUGCAAAGAUGCCGAACUGCAAGUUAACAAUCAGACCUAUAAUAGCACCCCCCCUUUUCCUUAUGCGGACACCAGCAAUUAUCACCCUAGCUAUACUGAUCAUCUGGCCACUGGUUCCAUGGAUGACCUGUCUUAUCUCCCACCACCACCUCCUAGUGCAUGGGAAAUGGAUUUUCCUCCUCCACCGUCUGAUCCUGAAGAACCAAAGACUCAGGAUGAAGACGAGUCAAAAGCCAAAGCCGACAAAAUAAAGCUUGCUUUAGGAAAAAUGAAAGAAGCCAAAGUUAAAAAAAUGAUUGUUAAGGUUCACAUGACAGACAGCAGCACCAAGACCUUGAUGGUGGAUGAACGUCAAACUGUCCGUGAAAUACUGGACAACCUGUUUGAGAAGACUCACUGUGACUAUGCAGUUGAGUGGUGUUUAUAUGAGGAAAAUCCAGAGCUUCAGAUUGAGAGAUUCUUUGAAGACCAUGAAAACAUUGUGGAAAUCAUUUCAGACUGGACAAGAGACAGCGAAAACAAAAUUUACUUUGUGAAAAAGUCUGAAAAAUAUGCUGUGUUUAAAAAUCCACAGAAUUUCUACAUGGCCAGAAAAGGAAGUUCUGAUGUAAAGGACAUGAAUGAGAAAAAUAAAGUCUCUCUGCUAGAGCAAAGCUUCUGUGGAGCCUCUGUUGUCGUGCCUGAUCUUGAAGGAGCUUUUUAUUUAAAAGAAGAUGGCAAAAAGUCUUGGAAAAAAAGAUAUUUUCUCCUGCGUGCUUCUGGAAUUUAUUAUGUGCCUAAAGGAAAGACAAAGACGUCUCGUGAUUUGGCUUGUUUCAUCCAGUUUGAUAACGUCAACAUUUAUUAUGGUAUGCAGUAUAAAGUGAAGUACAAAGCGCCCACCGAUCACUGUUUCGUCCUGAAGCAUCCACAAAUUCAAAAGGAAUCCCAAUACAUAAAAUACCUGUGCUGUGAUGAUCCAUGGGUUCUCCACCAGUGGGUGACUGGUAUAAGAAUAGCAAAGUAUGGAAAAACCUUAUACGAUAACUAUAAGAUGGCGGUCCACAAAGCCGGCCUUGCCUCUCAUUGGUCCUCGCUCAGCAAUCCAUCUGUAGCAGGCACAGCAGGUAAAGCUCAAGCAAAUGGACAGGUACCGCAAAAUGUAACAAGUGUCAGCUCAAGCUUCUCAGAUGCCUGGAAACGUGGAGAAGCAACUAAGGACCCACAAUCACAUGAAAGUUCCAAGCCUCAAGUGAUGAAGCAACCAACACCAACAUUAGCAAAAAAGCCUCCAGCUGUGCCUAUAAGAGCAUCAACCAGUGCUGUACCACCCUGUCCAUUACCAACUAAUGCCAAACCAGGUGGAAAUAUGCCACCACCUCCACCACAGUUUGCACCUCCAGAAGAUUCACAUCUGGAUGAUGAUUUCCUUCCUCCUCCUCCUCCUCCUGAUUUCUUUGAUUUGCCACCUGACUUCUUACCUCCACCACCUCCAUUAUCUAAUUCAAUGUCUGGUUAUGCUCCACCUCCUCCACAACGGCAUUUUGUAGCGCCACCCACAGGCACCCCAGCUGCCCCACCUCCACCCCCACCGCCACCUACUGCUUCAGCUCCACCACAGCUCCCAGUGAAAAAGCAGCCACCUAAUCCUCCAAAAAGAAUAGACAAUACAGCUUUGAGGUCAAAGGAACUUAGCGCAAAUGAAAGUGCCGGAGGUCAACCAGAUUUUAUGUCUGAUCUGAUGAAGGCUUUACAGAAGAAGAGAGAAAAUACAAAUUAAAUGGACAUCAUGUAGAAUUUAAUGCCGAAACGAAGGCGUGAAAAAGCAAAAAAAAGCAAACCAGAGGGACUGAAUUAUUUUUAGGGUUAUAUAUAAGAAAUGUCGAUCUAAAAUUUCUUGUGCUAAAAGACAAUGAAAAACCAUUGUAAAAAUAGCGUUAUAUAAAGCUAUGGUAUGAUAGAGCUAAUCUAUUUUGUUCGAAGGGUUACCAAUAAGCUUAUCACAGGGUUUUCUGGGAAUCCCAGUUAUCACCUGCAAUCUGUAGGGAAGCCUGGAAGCAAGUGUUCAGAUUCCCUUCAGCACCAACACAGGAAAAAUGAAACAUUUCAGUGCCCAUUGAAAUCAGUGGCUUGUCCACGUAAUGAAAGGACAUGCUGGGUCUCCCAGAGCAACAGAUGGCCUUUGCACUGACUAAUAGAUGACGAUAAUGAAUAUAGGACCCAACCAAUUAACUCAGGAUUCCCAGCAUGUUUCAUUGUCAGGGUUUAUUAGCGGCUACAAGAAUGUAAAGCACAAAAAGUUCUAUUUAGGGUAAAAGCUGGAGCAUACCAUAUUUCUGCAUUUUAAUAUUUGUGUCUGUAAGGCCUGUGUGUAAAAAAAAAAUGUGAACUAAUAACUUUCUUUUGUGCAUUGAUGCUCAAAUUCGAAUUGCCUUUUAAGUUUGAGAAUAUCAUGUGAUAUCCAGUCUAGUGUUUAGCGGAGUGCCCUCUGGUAAAGAGUAAGGGGCUCCUUAAGGUGUAACUGUGCUUUCAAAAAAAUGUUUAUGUCAUAGUGACAUAUCAAAGGAUUUGAUCGGUGGGGGUUUAGGUGCUGAGACCCCCAUCCAAUUGCUAGAACGAGAAAAAAGAAAAGCUCAAACACAGGCUGUCUCUCCGAGCUGCUGAAUACAGACUGGAAACGGACUGGAAACUCUGACUGUUCUAGCGUUCCAGCACUCAGACCAUCAAAACCUCUGAUAUGUCACGUCAAACGUUUUUUGAAAGUUCAGUUACAACUUAAAGAGUAACUACACUUUCUUAAAUUUUUGAUAUGUCAUAGGGACAUAUCAGAAGUGUUGAUCAUGGGGGUCCCAGCUCUCAGACCCCCAUUGAUUGCUAGAACGAGGGGUUAGUAACGCUCAGCCAAGCGCAGCUUCUCCUUGCUGAAGCGCGAGACUGUAGACGAACUCAAUACAUCUCACUCUUCUACAGUUUAGCGCUCAGCGGCUGAGCCCUUCUAACCCCUCGUUCUAGCGAUAGGUGGGGGAUCUCAGAGCUAGGAUCGCCGCCGAUCAACACUUCUGAUAUGUCCCUAUGACAUAAAAAAUUGUGUAGUUACUCUUUGAAGUGUUAUACCCAUCUUAUAUGGUGAUGAAAUGUGUAUUACUGUAUGAUCAGUAGGGGACUCGGUGAUAUGCCAUCACUUUGUAAAAUG